GUACCCAGCCGGCGCGACCUGUUGAAAACCAGACACGCCUGGAGCUUGAGCGUUCGCAACGAGCUUGAGCGCGAACUCGAGAUCGAGCGCGAGCACCGUCACAACUACGAACAGAGAUCCAGAGUAGAGAAUGGCCAACAAGAGCUCAAGCUAGUGAACGGACAGCGCCGCAAGCGCGAAGACGACAGCGAGGAGGACGAAGCCACCGAGAAGCGAUUCACCAAGCGCCGCAACGUCGACGUUGACACAGAGAAGCGCCCGUCUCAGCCACUCUCAACCUCGCACCAGUCCCACGCGCCUUCUCAGCCGACUGCCCGACCCGUCCACGCGCACAAGUUUGCCCUCACCGACAAUGGCCCUUGGUACGAGUCCAUCUACAACGAGGUGUACAAGAAGGUCUACAGCGAGAUCUACGACGAGGCCUACUCCAAGGCGUACAACCUAGCUUACAACGAUGCCUUCAAGGACGGC